AUUCGAAUCAACCCCGGCUGCUAAGAGGCGGAGAAAAGGCGCAAAAUAAGCAGGACGUAGGCGCAGAAUUCUGUGUGUUUAUGUGUAUGGGUGUGCCUGUCGGUCGGUCUCUCUUUCUUUUUUCCACCCUCGCCCCGCUCCGGCCGCCGGUCCUACGUCUUGCAAGCUUAUAAUAUAGGGGCUGCCCAGGCGGCGCGCUUCAGGUUGUCCUUUGAUUCCAGACCGCGCCAUUUUCUUCGCAAUAAGACUGUAGUUUGACGCAGGCGCAUUCUCUUCUCAGUUACCUGUUUCCGUAGUGUUUUCUGCGCCGGCGCCAUGUGUGUGGGUGUCGGAACCGAAUUUCAGCCUGCCUCUGGUUGCUACCCGGACUACAAGUCGCCGUCGAGUACUAAGCAUAGGGAAUUGGAGCUGGGGAUGUAGGGAGGAGGCCUAUCGCUAUCAUUUUGUGAUUGCCGGUCGCGGACAUAUCUCGGUGGGGGGCGGGGGCUUUGACUCCCUUUGCUGCGUUAGUUUAAGGAUGACCCAGUGGGCGUUUUAGACCGAGAAUGUUCGGUCCGUGUUGUCCCGGUAACAGCUCCUGAGGGUGGCUGGCCUGAAGUUCCCCCACCCCGGCAGUCAUGACCCUCCCCGCCUUCAUCGCUUUCACUCCGGCCCGGGACUCGAAUGACCUCUGGAAGGACGGGCGGCAGCAGCCGGAGCCGGAGCCCUCGUUGGAUGGUGCCGCCGCCCGGAACUUCUAUGAGGCCCUGGUUGGGGUGGAAGGAGGCGCCUCCAGAGGGCCCCCGGGACCCUCGUGGGCGCCUCCCAGGGGGAGAAAACGGACGCAGAAGACUAGGCCGGAGAGGGCCGGGGCAGCGGCGGGAGCGCCUGCGGCCAGCGCCCAGAGCGAUGGGGCCUGGGACCGGCAGACCGCGCGGCUCCUGCGGGCUGCCCAGGCCGGGGACGUGCGGCAGCUGCGCGCCCUGUUGGAGCCCCGAGGCCCGGGGGCCCGUGGGGGUGAUAUCAAUGCCCGUGACGCCUUCUGGUGGACCCCGCUGAUGUGCGCCGCCCGGGCGGGGCAGGGGCCGGCCGUGCGCUACCUGCUGGCGCGAGGAGCCGCCUGGGUGGGCGUCUGCGAGCCCGGAGGCCGCGAUGCCGCGCAGCUGGCCGAAGAGGCCGGCUUCCCCGAGGUGGCCCGGAUGGUCCGAGAGAGCGGCGGAGAGGAGAGCCCCGAGAGCCGGCCCUGCUCUCCAUUGCCAAAAUACUGUGAGACUUGUAAUUCCCAUUACCGAGACCCUAAUCACAACAGUUCUACUGCUCACCUCCUGUCUCUGUCACGUGGGCCUCAGCCACCCUACUUGCCUCCAGGAGUCCCUGCCUCUAGCCCUGGCUUUCGGUUAUUAGUAAAGGGGGGUUGGGAGCCUGGAUUGGGACUGGGGCCUCGGGGUGAGGGGCGAACUGCUCCUAUUCCUACAAUCCUCAAGAGAGACCAGGAAGGUUUAGGAUAUAGGCCAGCUCCCCAACGCCGAGUCACACAUUUCCUUGCUGGGGACCUUCAGGCUGUGGCUGAAAGAAAACGAGCACCCCGAACUGCCACUUUGGGCAGGAGAGAGGAGAGGCACCGAGAGGAGAAGAGUCGAGCUUGGGAGCAGAAUCUACGGACUUAUAUGAACCUUGAUCUCUAAUCCUGACUACAUAUAUACAUUGUGAUUUCUGAUCAUAGCCUCUUUGGAGACCUAUGACUACACCCAAGGAUGACAUCUGACCCUGAACUUGGAAUUUCAGUUCAGAACUUGGAAUCUUGGAUUUUCUAUGUUUAGUUUGAUUUAGCCUUUGCUGGAGGGAGAUUGCAAAGGUUGAUUCAUCCUUGCUUAAAGUAGAGAAAUAAACCUUUUCUUUUUGUUGUU